AUGGCUUCGAACAGCCAAGGCAAUAUCGCGAUGGCCACGAUUAGUCCAGUUGUCCCCUCAACUCUUGAAGCCAAUCCAACGCUAAUCAAGGGGAUUGAACACUCACCCAACCCGCCCACCAAGAGCAGCGAUCCAUUCCUCGUCGUAUUCGACGAGCCCUAUGAUGCCGAGAACCCCAAGGACUGGCCCACCGGCCGCAAAUGGGCCGUGACCGACGUGCUGUCCGCGACCGGCUUCAACCGCAUCAUGGUCUCGACCAUCAUGGCACCAGCCCUCCCCAACAUAGCCAAGGAGUUCAACAUGAACUCGACCGAGUCCGCCAUGGCUCUGUCUAUCUACCUGCUCGCCACCGCCUUUGGUCCGCUCAUCAUCGGCCCCCUGUCCGAGAUCUACGGCCGCAAGAGAGUCCUACAUGCGUCUAACCUGUGGUUCCUGGUCUUCAACAUUGCGUGCGGCUUCGCUUACUCGAAGGGGUUGUUGAUUGCGGCCCGUUUCCUGGCGGGCUUUGGAGCCAGUGCCAUCUAUGCACUUGCUGCUGGCGUGCUUGGUGAUGUAUGGAGGCCCGAGCAGCGCGGCCGUUCGUUGGCUAUGUACCUGCUCAUUCCUUUGCUUGGUGCUGCUGUUGGCCCGAUCAUUGGCGGCUUCAUAGCUUCCCGCACCACCUGGCGAUGGAUGUUCUGGUCCACGUCCAUCUUCCAAGCCGUCAUGAUGGCUGUUUCCUUCGACGUAUUCCGCGAGACAUUCGCACCCCUGAUCCUGCGCCGUCGAGCAGCGCGACUACGAAGCGAAACCGGCAACCAGCAGUACCACACCUUAGAUGAACGUCUCAACGAGAAGAAGUCAGUCUCCGCAGUCCUCGUCCGCACCCUGUCCCGCCCUCUCCGCCUGCUGGCUUUCCACCCCAUCAUCCAGAUCGUCGCCGUCAUCUCAGCCUUCUACUACGGCAUACUGUACAUCGUGCUGUCGAGCUUCUCGGAGCUGUGGGUGAACCAGUACCACCAAUCCGUCGAGAUCAGUGGCCUGCACUACAUCGCAGUGGUCAUCGGCGAGAUCGGAGGCAGCCAGCUCGGCGGGCCCUUGAUGGACUUCCUCUACCGCCGCUCUAUACAAAAGGCCCGCACCACCAACGGCGAACUUGCCCCCGCCCCCGAGAGUCGCGUCCCGAUGACGUUCAUCGGCGCGCUCAUCGCGCCGCUUGGUCUGUUCAUCUACGGCUGGACGGCGCAGUACCAUGUGCACUGGGUCGCCGUCGAUGCCGGGAUCGUCGUGGCUUGUCUGGGCAUGCAGAUGACCGACAUCCCGCUCACGGCGUACGUCAUCGACGCCUACCCGGAACACACGAGCAGUGCCGCGGGCGCGAAGCAGUUUCUGAGAAGCAUGACGGCUUUCCUGUUCCCGCUGUUCACCCCGGUCAUGUAUAACGCGCUCGGCUAUGGGUGGGGAAACAGCACCUUGGCUUUUGCUGGGUUGGUGCUUGGAUUGCCGGCUCCGUUGAUUAUAUAUUUCUAUGGAGCAAGGCUGAGGGCGAAGGCCGCUUCAAGUUACUAG